UGACGCGCUGUGGGGGUGUCACGUGGGUAAGGGCCUGGCCUUGCGACUGUCGGCCCUGGGAGCCCCUGGCCGCCGGCUCCCGCGCCUGCUGCCUCUAGCCCUCGCCGCCAGGUGUCCUGAACGCGCCAGACUGGGUGCGCUUCUGAGCACCCCGCGCGGGCCAUGGAUUGCGAGACGGCAGAGGAGCAGGGUGGCCUUGGGCUCCCACCUGGGGCCCUCGGCGGACCCGGCUGGUGCGGUUCUCCAGCCCUCGGGGGGCGGCGGGAGCCCAAGAAGUACGCAGUGACCGAUGACUACCAGUUAUCCAAGCAGGUACUGGGUCUAGGUGUGAACGGCAAGGUACUGGAGUGCUUCCACCGGCGCACCGGGCAGAAGUGUGCCCUGAAGCUCCUGUACGAUAGCCCCAAGGCCCGGCAGGAGGUGGACCACCACUGGCAGGCCUCGGGUGGCCCCCACAUUGUGUGCAUCCUGGACGUGUAUGAGAACAUGCAUCACGGCAAGCGCUGCCUCCUCAUCAUCAUGGAAUGCAUGGAAGGUGGUGAAUUGUUUAGUAGGAUUCAGGAACGUGGCGACCAGGCUUUCACUGAGAGAGAGGCUGCAGGGAUAAUGCGGGACAUUGGCACCGCCAUUCAGUUCCUGCACAGCCAGAACAUCGCCCAUCGAGAUGUCAAGCCUGAAAACUUGCUUUACACAUCCAAGGAGAAAGAUGCUGUGCUUAAGCUCACUGACUUUGGCUUUGCCAAGGAGACCACCCAAAAUGCCUUACAGACGCCCUGCUACACUCCCUAUUAUGUGGAAAUCCUCUGGCUUGCUGACCUCAUUGCACAGAUGGGAAGACCAAGACCCACCCCUGAGGUCUUGGGUCCAGAGAAGUAUGACAAGUCCUGUGACAUGUGGUCCUUGGGUGUCAUCAUGUACAUUCUCCUGUGUGGCUUCCCACCCUUCUAUUCCAAUACGGGCCAGGCCAUCUCCCCAGGGAUGAAGAGGAGGAUCCGCCUGGGCCAGUAUGGCUUCCCCAAUCCUGAGUGGUCUGAGGUCUCUGAGGAUGCCAAGCAGCUGAUUCGACUACUGCUGAAGACAGACCCCACAGAGAGGCUGACUAUCACGCAGUUCAUGAACCAUCCCUGGAUCAAUCAAUCAAUGGUGGUGCCACAGACCCCACUUCACACGGCCCGAGUGCUGCAAGAGGACAAAGACCAUUGGGAUGACGUCAAGGAGGAGAUGACCAGUGCCCUGGCCACCAUGCGGGUAGAUUAUGACCAGGUGAAGAUCAAGGACCUGAAGACCUCUAACAACCGGCUCCUCAAUAAGCGGAGAAAAAAACAGGCAGGCAGCUCCUCAGCUUCACAGGGCUGCAACAACCAGUAGUCCACGGGGUCUUGGAGGAGUCAGGCCUCAACCUGUGUGACAGACUGCAUUGUGCUGAGGUUCUAUCAGAGGGCUCAGGGUCAUUUUAACACAAGGAUUAUUUGUUGUUUUUUACUUAGACCUUUGAGAUGGCAGACCUGGACUCAAAAUUUUCAGAGCCACAGCCCAGACUCUGGCCCCAGAGAGGAGGAGGGAGCCCCCUGCUAAUCAAAGCACUUUUGGCCAGGGUGGGACAUGUCCUGCUCUGACCUGGGGACAUGACUUUAGCCUUCUAGGCCACUGGGAAUUGUGGCUGGGUUUCCCUUCUUCAAGGGAGAUAGCUCCCAGCUGGGUGGGCAGAUAGGCUUGGCUCUGAGAAAGGCAUCUGGCCAUUGGUUGCCAUGGUGAUCAGGGACAGUGUUGGUCCCCGAAUGCUGAGUGUGUAACAAGGGAGGGAGAAGGGACAAUCAAGAGUCUACCUCUGUCAUCUUGGGGAGUCUGAUCUCUCUUACAAUGGCUGCCCCUCUCAAGCUCACCCCUCUUUGAUCUCCCUGAGACUGCAGGGUGAAGCUUGCCUGCCUCUUUUGGUGGUCCAGCCCUGCCUUGCUGCAGCCUAAAUCCAGAUGGCACUCAGAGCUUUCCCCGAAGGAGUCCCUGGGUCAGCCAUCCUAUCACUACCCACUACUCAAAGGGUUGUUUUUUCAUCUCAGCCAAAGGUGGAGAUAUUUAAUCCUUUCCCACUUUGGAAAAUGUCACUGUGAUAAAAGUCCCCAGCCCCAGAUCUGUCCUCACUAAAUCCCAGGUAGGAAAGUCCUUUUACUGAUGGCAGGGGCUGUGUUUUAGUAUACUUUUGUGAGAGGAUAUAGUUGGAUUCCCAUUAGCCAGGCAUCUCUUCCCAUGCUGUAGGUCAGACCUGAGGUGGUAGAGGGCUGCUGAUCUACCUGAGUAGAUCCUAGCUACAACCUGAGUUGGAGCAGAGAGAGCUCCUCCUGGCCAAUUCAGGAUUAUCCAGCCCCACUCCACCCAGUACCUGAUGCUAAGUACCUGAUAGGGUGCCUGACAAAUGUCUGACACUCAGUCUAAUUCUUUUUGUUUCUUUUUCCUUCCUCCAAUGAGUUCUAAUCAAUGGUUCUUCUGUAUCAGGGAGAGGACUUUCUAAUAAAGGGCCAGUUAUCUUCUGAUGCUACAGCUUCUUCCUUUCAUAUCCAAAGGUCUGUCAUGAGCUGAGGAAAGGGGAGACUGGGCCCUGAGUUUUUCAGAGGAAAUUCCCAAGUCAAUGUUUUUUCUUUACAAGGGGAUGGGUCACAGAAAGCCAGUUCCAGCCCCACUGACAAAGGGUCAAUGGACAAUAAACAGGCUGCUCCCUCCUUCUCAAAAAGGAACUACAGCCUUUGUUUGUGUUUGUCAUUGUUUUUGUUGUUUUGUUUUGAGACAAGGUCUCACUAUGUAGUUCAGGCCGUCCUUGAACUUAGUUUGUAGUCCAGGCAGGCCUCUUAACACCCCAAAAUCCUCCUGCCUCACCCUCCCAAGUACUGGGAUUAUAGGCAUGUACCACCAUGCCCAGCUUGGAACUACAUCCUUAACACACAGGUACUUUUCAGUAGGGUAGAGGGCCUUGGGCUCCUCGCAGACCCUCUCCUUUCUCUCUACCACCAGCAGUAAUGGGCCAGGGCACGGUUGGCCUCAGCCAUCUUGUGCAUGUCCUGCUUCCUCUUUGUCAUGGGGCCCUGAUUAUGAAAAGCCUACAGCAGCUCAUGUGACAACUUCUCUGGCUUCAAUGUCCACCGGUGCUUAUUAUCUUGGCGCUCAGUGAUCAUCCACUUCAUGGCCAAUAAUCAGCGACGUCAGUCAGGUAGGGGCACAGGGACCUGGUAGAAAUGGCCAUCCCUGAGGAUGGAUAUGAGGCCAAUAACAGGCUCACAGUUUUUCAGUACUUGGUGGAAGAUGAUGUAGGGAUUACUUUUGAUGGUUGCCUAUUCCUCUGCAGAAGCACCACGGUACUUCUCAAACUGCUUCCUUUUCACAGCUUCCAGAGUCUGGGUCAUGAGGGAUCUGGCCAGUAUUUUAUUUCCUCCUUUCAUCAUCAUGUUGGUUAAUGUGCUGACCAUUGGGUCUGCAGACACAGAGCAUGUUGUUGUCACUGGGGCUGCUUCGAUGAGCUGAGUCUUCUUGAGCUCCUGGUCAUAUUUCUCCUCCUCGGUGAGCUCUGUCUUGGGCUUGCAGUAAUGUCCUUUAUCAACUAGAGGAUCCCUGAAUUCAGGACCAUCGCAACUCCAUCUCACCUGGGUUGGCUCUGAAACAUGCCAGACAGUGCAGGUGACUCCUGGGGCUAGGCCAGGCCAGGACCACCCACUCAGUAUAAUUCUUGGUUCCUGGCCUCUCUCACUGACUGGGAAAUCCUAGACCAGUGAUGGUGAACCUUUUAGAGCUUUCAAUGAUACAAACAACCUGCUGUGGCAUGAAUGUCAUAGGUUUAUCACCACUGCUCUAGACGGUGUCAGCCAGAUCAGUGCUGCCGAGUUUUAUAUCUAGAUAUUAAUAAACACCAUUUUGGCAUUUUCUCCUGGUUCCUGGGCUUCUCUUUGUGUACAUGGAUGGACAAAUGUGGCCAAAGAGCAGCUGUACAUCCCUACUAACGAUUUCACUCUGGCUAGAGAGGGUGCCUCAGGCCUGGUAAACAUUCCAGGCUGUCUCCAGAGCUACUGCAGCCUCACUAGGCAUGGAAAGGUCUGAGGGGCUGAGGGAUGGCAGCUGCCACAUGCCCCCAGCUCUGUGCCACCCCUAUGCACUGUAUGUGUGACACCUACUCCUGGCCCUGUGUGUGCCAGCGUCUGCCCACAGUGGCCACCCCCAGCUGCGUGCCAGCCUGCUGAAGGGCAGGCAGAGUGCCUGCUGCAGUACUGAGCUAUUUUCAGAAGCUGCCAGAUUUCCAUUUGGCAGCGAGAAUAUCGAGGAGGAGAGGGGGCAGGGUGCUGGAAGACUGUCUUUUCACUACUCCAGCAAGAGUGCACCCUCAUCCCUUGGGAGCUCUUGCGGGCAGCCUUAAGGUAGCUCAUUGUGGCAUUUUUUCCCCCAUCUUCAAUCUUGAAACCUCCCAGUUUUCCACGAGCUCAUCUGGCAUAGGCAACGCCCCAUCCCGGGAGUGGGGAAGGUGUGGAGAUGUAAGAAGACAGGACAGGCAGCACUCAGGAGAUGUUUUGCUGCUUCCCAGCCCAGUGACCUUGGAAAAGUCCUUCAGCUUCCCUCACCUCCAUCCAUUCCUGCAGCUUGUGUACUAGAGAUGAGAGCACCCACCUCAUAGAGUCAUCUGGGCAUUCAAGCAGACAUGUAUGGGAAGCACUUAGUGGUGUGAUUGGGGCAUGGCUCAUGCCCAACUCCCAUUAACCACUCCAGCAUCUUUAUCCAUCAGGAAGGAGAGAAAUACCUAAAAUUGUCUGAAGAAAAAGUCCAACCCCAAAUCUAUCUCUGGGACUUUCUUUCCAGAAAAAUCAGGCCUUCUCCACCCAUGAGUGUUACUCCCAAUGGUUUGUCCUCCAGGAUAACAUCAUGUGGGCCUUCAGGGCCUUAGUUCUAGUCCUACACUUCAAAGGAGGGCAACUAGAUGAGUUUGAGGAUCCCUGUGAAGUCUGUGGUUAAGCCCAACCCUUUGAUUAUAUUCGCUGUCUGGUGGAAUACUGGCCAGACUCAAAGAUGUAUAGAGUCCAUCUAGUGGGCUGGCGAUUUAGCUCAGUGGUUUCGCCACCUGCUGUGCAAGCAUAAGGACCCGAGUUCGAUCCUUGGUACCAAAAAAAAAAGACUAUCUAGUAAGAGUUGCAGGAUGCAGAGGAACUUCUUCACUUGGCUAUUGAGUACCCACUGCACCUGCAACUCCAUGCUGACUGCAAAGAAGGCAGCAGUGAAAGUUUCAGACCACGUAUUCACCCAGGAGUUUAUAUUCAUGGGGUAGAAGAACAAAACAUUACACAAAUAUGUGUUGAAUCAUGACCUAGAUGUGGUGUGUAAAGGAAAGAUAUGGCUCUAGCAGGAAAAGGUGUUAUGGGGCAGUUUAAACCAAAGGGAGAAUUGAUGUACUUUGGAGGCCAGGAAGGUUACAGGGUUGAAAGCAAGACACCUGGGCCCAGGACCUCGGGCCCUGUCUGUCCCUUGGCUCUGCUAGUUUAGGCUUCUUACUGGGCUGGCUUUGAUCCCCCAUUGCAUCAACCUUCUCUAUAGGUAAGACCACAGCUGCAGAAAUCUGGAAGGAGAUUGUCAUCUGAUCAGGUAUCCACCUGCCAUUCUCAGGGAAGGACUCUUAUUGGUCACUUUCGGCCCUUUACUGUUGUGGAGGGAGCAUGCCCCUUCCUGUGACCAGGUUGGAGAAGUUCGUUAUAGCAGGGGAGAAAAUGGAAGGAUUGCUCUUUUUUCUCUCAUGUUUGCUUGGCCACUUCCAAGAGCUCAUGAGAAAUCGUGCCCCAUGACAAGCCCAGCGCAGGGCCUGGCCCCCCGAUCUCUGGUUUUGGAUGAAGUUCUUACAAGCCAGGACUGGGAGGUUGGAUGCCUGGCUAACUCACACCCCUAGAUGGGAGCAAAUCUCUGACAUCAGCUGCUGUCAGGUAAGCUAAAAAGCCAAGUGGCCACAUGUUUACAUCAGCUAACCCAGGCAUUUGCAUGGACUCUAUAGUGGUUUUCUUGAGAAUUUGCAGUAAAGAAUUUCUUAAGAGGGGUGUGUGUGUGUAUGUGUGUGUGUGUGUGUGUCAGUCAGACAGGGGUGGGAGAAGAGAAACAUAGACCUGACUCUGUCCUCAGAACCUGAUGCUGGCUGACUUUCAGCAGCCUGCCUCAUUGCUAUUCUAUACCAGUAUACCAGCCCCUCUCCACCCUUGCCCUCUAUUCAGCCUUUCCACUGCAACAUCAGAAUUGAGCCUCAAAAUGCAGCCUACUGCAGUAUCUGCAGGGGUUUCAAUGUUUUCAGGCCUGCUUAAAACUCUCCCUAGUGGGCACGGGAGGUGGGCAGAGGGGCUUGUGUGGCUGUCUCCAGACCUGGUUGCCUUAGGCUGAGCUUCUGCAUUCCAAGUGGGUCCUCACAGCUAACUUCAAGCUGAGCAGGGUAAAAUUCUUCUUUUUGUCCCACUGGGCUGCCAGCAUGCUUACCCUUUCCAAUUUGGGUCAGCAGAUAGGAAGCUUACCACCCACCUGUGUGUCCAAUGGGAUGGAAUCACUUAGAUUUACCUGAGGCCUUGGUCAAUGCUAAUCUCAUUUUGAGGUUCUCAUCAGUGAGAUAAAAUGUUGAUUAAAGAAGACCAGGUUGCCUAUUAUCCCAGCACUUGGGAGGCUAAGGCAGGAGGUUUGCCACUAGUUUGAGGCCAGCCUGGGCCAUAUAGACAGCUCAAGGCCAGCCUAAACUACAUAGCAAGACUCUGCCUAAAAACAAAAACAAAAACAAAAACAAAGCAAAACUCUCAAACAAAUAAACAAACAACAAAAAAAAGAGGACCAGGUUACUCCAGCAUCCUUGGCAGAUGUGUUGCCACUAGUUGAUGGUCUGUGAAGAAUGCUCUGGGGUCUCAGGAGAACCAUGUACUUCAUAAGGCCUCAAUGUCCUUGCUUGAGGGAGGAGUCUUACUUACAAAGGUGGGACAGGGAUGUGGUGGAGAAGGUGAGAAGAGCGACCAAGCCCAAAGCCCUUGGUUACCAGCAUGUGAUAGGUAAUGUACCCAGCUAUCCAGUACUCUGCCUGCUCCACCUUCCAUUUCCCCAGAUCUGGAGAAAGUUGCUGGUGACUCAAGGAAACCUGAUUCCUCCGGCUCAGAGGAGCUGACAGCCAACAGCCAAGACAGGUUAAUUGGGGUGUGGGGCCACCUACUGGUCACCCGGGUGAGUAUUCAGUGGACACCUACUAUGUGCCAGUAUUUGAGGGAACUGUGGGGUAGGAGAGGUACCACAACCUCAUAAUGAACAGCUGCUGUUUACUGAAUGCCUACUGUGUGCCAUGACUGUGCUGUCUGUGGCUCAUCUUAUUUAGUUCUCACAUUUUCAUGUUACAGAGAACCUGAGCUCCAAGCUCUUAGCCAUUGCCCUCUCUGCUAAAGGAGGUCAGAAAAAGGAAAUGCUUCUCAGAAAGCUUCCCAGAUAUGACAGUGUGAACUCAAAGGCAAGUCAUAUUUGGAUGGACAAGAUUUAGAGAAAGAGCACUGCAGCUAGCAGGUGCAAGGUAGAACAAGGUGUUCUGUGUGAAGAACUAAGAGUAAGUUUGUUUAACAGGUGAGAGGCAGCCACAGCAGGGGUGUCUCUCAUUUCCUCACCCCCUUCCUGAAAAACAUCAAAGUAGGGUUCUCAGGGCAAGACAGUGGGCACCUUGUGGCAACUUUUCCCUCUUAGAGCCCCCAAGGGAGAGCAAACAGGUAAAGAAGAGGUGAUGGGGCUGAGGAGACAGCUGGAGAGAUUGAGGAGCCUGCCUUAUCUUGCAAAACCAGCCCCUGCUACAGGGCCUGUGUGGAAAAAACAAGUUAUACCCCAAUCCUCAUGCCCCUCUGGCUCUGCAUCCAUAACAAAUCAGGGAGCAUUAACUCUUAUACCUGACAGAUUCUGUGUGCAGCAGUGUGAGUCAGGCCUCUUAGCCACCCCAUGAAACAGCUUCCCCAUGCAGGGACCUACCCCAGCUCAGCCUCCCUUUUAGGUGAUAGGACUCUGACUCAGGGGCCAUGUCUCCCCAGCUUAGCUGCUAGAGUUGAAUGGAGGUCUCAGGGGUCACUGAGAAAGGCCAGAUGAGAGAGUUACUGGGCUGCUCAGGCCUGGGCCUGGCUAACUACUGUUAAUAUCUUGCAGCUCAGGUUUUGUGCCUUGUCAGGUACCAGGUAUCUCACACAUGGCCUCCUUUACAUUUCUGCUCUUCCAGUAACUCUCCUGGACAUAAAUUAUGUCCAUUUUGCAGAAAAAGUUACCGAAGCUUUAAUGGUACUAGAAGUACCAUGUUUCUGAAUGGUAUGUGGUAGGACCUGGGUUUGAACCUGGAACUUUGGGCUCCACAAUGCCCUCCCUAAGAGGAAGACCGUCACUGCUAAGAGUCUCAAUGUCACUGACUCCUUCCCUGACCUGGUCUAGUUAGAAGUGUCAUACACCUGCUUUUCCUCUCUCUUGACCCUUUAUGUCUCUGGCUGUCAGAAAAAGGAUGCUUGAAGUGAUCUUCCUUGGCCUUGAGGCAGGGAGCACCCAGCACCUCUCAGGGAGGUUUAAAGUCAGGGUACUUCUCUGAAAAUGAGAUGGAUGUUGUGCCUUAUUUCCACAUCUUGGUUCCCCUUCUGACUGUUUUGUGACAUCAGACAACCCCCUUAAUCACUCAAUUUCCUCAUUAGACCAUGUGGAGAGCAAUGCCCCCCCCCCCGACUGUAAGACUGUGAAAGGUAAGGCAUGACAUUCUACACAGUUCCCAGCAUGUCAUAAGUUCAAAAAAAGAAAAUUCACCUCACACAAGAGGCUAUCUGGGGAUAAUGGUAUUCAGGGAAGUGUUGAAUCACAUGUUAAAGCCUGGAAGAGAGGCUGUCUUCCUGACAGAAGCUGCAGUCAGUGCUCCUGUCUGACUGAGCUGCACACCUGCGCUUGGGGUCUUUCUGUGAAGGCCCCUGUCAAGCUGGGGCCUAGCAGACUGCAGUAGGGCUGCCAGGACUGGUGGGGUGACAGGCAAGGCUCUGCCCAGUGGUAGCUAGGCAGGUCUAGAAAGUCCCUCCUCACACAGUCUUGGAGGGUUCCAGAGACUGUGGGGGCACAGGUGAAGGCAUUGCACCAGCUGGAUGAGGGAAUGGACUGGCCUAGUUUGCCUACAGUGGUCAGGCUUUCCUAUGUUGUUGACUGGGACAAGCCAAGCAGAUGACACUCUUUCUCUAGUGAUAGCCCACAGGCAAAGACAGGGAUAAAAGAGUCAGGGAAGCCUUUGAAUAGGGGACACUCAGCUAGGACAAAUAAGUUGGCUAUAAGAAGAGGAGAAGAAGGGCAUCCGUGUAGAAAAAUUAGCAAGUGCAAAGGCAUAGCAGCUCAAAAGGUCUUUGAGUAUCUGAGGAGAGAAGUGAGUCACAUUGUACCUGGAGAGUGCAGUUCUCUACCAGGAAGGAGAAAGCAUAUGAGCAUCUUUCUGGGAACCAAGUAAUAAAGCUUUUUGGAGAUGCCUUUUUCUAGAUUCUGCCACUGACCACCUAGAACAGGGUCUGGCCUAGGGCUCAUGAUAGCCUGACCAGAUGUAACCUGUCCCUUGACUCUAUAGAGAGAACAUCAGAUCCUGAAAUGGCUUUACUGUCUUAUUGUUGGCAAUAGAAUGAUCCCACUAAACCAUGGAUACAAACCUCCCUGGUGCUGGUAAUAUCAGCAAAGCCAACAACUGUGUCUGUUUCCACAAGAAGCAACAACUAACCUCUGAAGAUAGAUUCUUUAGAGAUAAGGCCUUCCCGCUGGUCUUCAGAAAGAAGGGGUCAGUUACUCUUAACUUCUGUAGCUGGAGUUUGAUCUCAUUGGAGUUGUGUGGGUGCUUGGGUGAAGAUCCUGGGAUGGGGUGAGCAGAGAUUCUCAGGAAUAGUGCUGCACCAUAAUCUCAGCCAGCAACAAGUUCCUUCUCCACCUAUCACAUGAAUCAAUGCAGGUCAGGGGCUGGCCUAGACUGGAGGUAUUCCUUCUAGGAUAGCCAACCCUCCUCCCAUAUCCACCUGUCAGGGCCCAACUCUGGACAAUUUUCUUCGGAUACUCUGGAUGUCAGAUGGGUUUCCUCAGAAGACCUAGGUCCCAUGGAAUGAAUCCUUCCUGACUGAAGGUGCUUGGAGGAUAAGGUAAAUGUAGAAGGAGUUUAGUGGGGGAGAAAAUGGCUGGUUUAUGCCUUCUGAAAGGAAGGUAGUCAGAAGGAGCUGACUUGUCCAAGGUCACACAGAAGUUUAGUAGCUGGACUUGUGAAUGAAAGAAAGUUUCUGGAAGACAAUCCCAAUUUUGAGGCCAGGACAUCAGAACUAUAGGGACCUAGAAGAACUUGUGGAUUCCAGCUUCAAGAUUUCUAAUGUUUCCUCCACAGAGUCCAAUUACCUGGAAGGAGAAAUCAUACUCUUUGGGCCUCUGUACUUUCUUGCUUCCAUGCUCACCCUCCUGGGUUGGCAAAGCUCAGCCCUCCAUGGACAGGAAUGAGUCUAGGAAUAGUGAAAGUCAGUCAAGUAUGUUCAGAAAUGGCUUUGGGACCUGGGAUGAAUGGAAACCUCUGGAUAGAGUCUGAGAAAGUCAGGGUUGGAACAUGCCUUGUCGUAUUUAAUUCUAGUUUUAUAAAUGAGAAAACAGAGGCUCACAAGUUAUCUUCUUAGUCUAGACUGCCCCUGCCUGCAUGAGCAGAUUUCCUGGCCUCUCGUUUGGCCACCUUUCCUUCCCUGGCCUCUGAGUUCCUUCCCAGGUCCCUCUGGCUCUCACCCUUUUCUGCAGAGCUGUUUUCCCUUUUUUACUUCUUUGUGGGUAAGGACUUUCUCACUAACUGUACUUGAGGGCUCUGUGGCUUUGAAUUAGGCUUCCGUGGGUUUUCUUCCCAGAGGGCUUUGGAUGAGAACAGCAUCAACAUUUGUCACUGAGAGAAGGUAUAAGGGGUUUUGCCUGUGGCCAGAGACAAGACUGGGUAUCUGGAGAGGCUGGUGCUGGAGUUGCUGGGCUACUGGGACCCAGAGCCUGGAGGGUUGAGAGUAGGACUUUCAGGCCCCAGGUCUGCCCUUUACAGGUUCUGGAGUCCAGGGCACUUUGAGCCUGAAAACACUGGCUCCUGGGCUGGCUGCUGAUGUUCCCCUCCUUGUUACUCUUGGAAUUGGAACUGCCCAAAGGCUGGACACACAUGAGGGACUUCCUGGCUGCACUUUGUAGUUGUGGAAAUGUUGGAAGCCACGGCCAUUUGGAGUUGGAAUCUCUAUUCUCUGGCUGGAGAUGUGGCUGGUCCUGUCAGGCUCCAUACCAAAAUGUCUUCUCAGAAUCAGGGAUGUUGCAGGUCCUGGGAGUAGAGUGGCAGCUUUGCUUGGUGUUGGGACAUGAAGUAGGUUUUUUGGAAGGAAGAUAGGACUUUGAGGUGGUCAGAGCAGAGAGGGCACAGCAUGCUCAUGGGAAAGAUCUUGCUGUAUCUGGGGAUGGGUCCAGCCCAGGGUGGGAAAAUACAUGUCAAGCUGAGUACAGACAUUGCUUUGGAGACAGCAGGGAGCCACUAAAGACCCUUACACUUAAAUAAAGUGACGGGUUGCCCUAGUUAUUUUCUUGUUGCUGAGACACAAUACCCAACACCUACAAUGUAAAGGAGAAGAGGUUUAUUUUAGCUUAUAGUUUCAGUCCAUGGUCAGCUGGCUCCGAGGCAGUAACAACAUGGCAGAGGGACAUAGAGAGGGAAAAGCUACUCAUAUCAUGGGAGCCAGGAAGCAGACAAUGAAAGGAGCCGGGGACAGAGAUAGAUCCUUCUAGAUAAUGCCACCAGUGACCCUCCUCUUUCAGUCAGGCCCCCAUUCCUAACAGAAUCCACUGAUAAGUAUUAUCACUCCCACUUCCCAAAAGCCCAACUUCUGAACAUGUGAGCCUUUUAGGGAACAUUCUAGAUCUAAAUCAUAACACAAGUUAAGAGAGUGAUUGGGACAUCUUCACCUGGGGUUGGAGGUGAGGAAGCAGGAGAGGGGAACUCACCUAACAAUCUUUCCUGGACCUCUCCAAGGGUGACUGAGACUGUGGCUGGAUGCUCAGGGACAGCAUCCCAAGCUGGGCAAUUCCCAAGCAAGUCACAAUCAGUCCCUGGCUCAUGCUCACCCUUGGUUAGAGACUUCCUCAACAAGCAAUCCUUGGGACCAUCUUAAACUGGCCUAGGUGUUUUCCGGGCAAGCCCAGCCAUUCUUAUGCUUCCAGCCCUGUGGUUGUCCCUGACCUGGGACUUCCUGUCCAGGGGAAGGAGGGAGGAAAACUCAUGUUAUUGACAGAUGGAUGUUGAAACCCAUAGCUUUCCAUUCCAUCUCUUUUGCCCUCCCCACCCGAUAGAUCUCGUCCAGGUCAUCCCACUCCCUCCAUCUUAGAGCAGCCUGGGCAGCAGUCCUAAGAGGCAAGUGUUUGCCUUUUCAUCCAUUUCACACCUAAUGCCUUUUGAUGAACCAAGUCUGCUUUUACUUCACGGUCCCUGCUUGUCCCUUGACUUCAGAGUUCCUGCAGCCCUGAGCCAUAUCAGAACCUUCCUGGAGCCUCCACCUUUAGAACCUGCCUUAGCCUGGAAGAUGCCUGCAUUUACUACAGGUUCUGUGGGUAAUGUUUCUCCACUGGUGUGUUGGGAGCCUGGAUCCCAGGAUGUACUCAUAGUGGUCUCUCUGGUCAGUGGUUGUCACCGCUAAGGCACCUUUACCUUUCCUGUCAUUCAAGAAACCCUUGGCAUUCUCUUCACAUCAGGACAAGAGCACAAAAACAUAAUAUAUAUUUUGAAAGUGGGAGAAAAAGAGAGAGCCUCCUCUACUUCUUUCUUCCCCAACAUAUCUUCCACAGCUUCUAGUCUAAUCCCAGUGGAGUGUCAUAGUCCUUGGUCUGGCUCUGCCCACUUCAGGUUCUGCAGAAUUUCCAAGUUCAGCCCCUUGAAGAUUGUGGCCCCUGCUCUCUACUAGUAUAGAGAAGGAAGACUGGGGUAUGGUAAUGCAUGCCUAUAAUCCCAGCAAUCUGGGAGACUGAGACAGAAGGAUUGCAAGUUUGAACACAGGCUGGGAAAAUCAGUGGCUUAGCAAGACACAGUCUCAAAAUAAAUAACAAAAAAAGCCAGGGAUGUAGCUCAGAGCAAAGGCAAGGAAAUGCCUGGAGCUCUGGGGCUGGCUGUUGUAUAUGUGAUCUUGGAUAGGCUUUUUUCCUUCUCUGGAAUCUGUUUCCUUGGUGGUGAAAUGGCCCGAGUGAUACUCACAGGGUUAUUUGGAAAAUUUAAUGCGAUAGUAUAUGAGUACAGAGCUGAAUUGAAAAUCUAAGAGGUGAGUUACUCUAGGAUAGGGGGAGUAGAAUAACCUGGACCAGGUCUAUUGUGUGGGGAGGGGGAAGGAGGUGAAGGGGAAAUAGCAUCUGAUAUGACAGGGAGGUCUGGUGAAUUAGGAGUCCAGAGGCUCCUGUGCCAUGCUGAGGUCUCUGCUGAGCAGAUACCGAGGGUAGUCUGUUGUUUACCUAGAAGAAUUUAUAAUAAUCAAAAUCCUGGGAUGUAUAGAGCCAGAGAAAAUACUAUUUGGACAGUGGCCAGCCUGGAGGAAGGAGAGAGUAGGUGCAGGGAGCAGGAGAUGGAAUCUUCCUCUCCGAAGACCACAGCUACGCUCAUGAAUUUGAGUCAUCCUGCAGACCUUAAGUGUUGGAGAAGGGGAGGUCAGUCCCAUAUUCCUUGCCUCUAGGACUAGUUGACUAGGGGAGAAAGCUUCCUAAGCAAAAGAUGCAUGUAAGUACACAAGGCCUUCAGCCUUCUGCUCCAGCCUUGUGCCCUGGCAGACCUAUCCCAUCUCACCCAGCACAGAUCCACACCCUUCCAGCUCUCCAGAGAUAAGUUUCUGAGUACAGAAGUCAAAGCCUGGAUUGAACCUGUUGAAUGAAUAGGAUCAAAUACAUUCUUUCUAUCCCCAGGCUGAAUUUCUCCAACCCCUCCAGACCACAUUCAAGGAAGAGUUACAAAAAUGUCCUCUUGGUUCCCAGAGGAAUAGAAUGCAGCUGUUUAGGUCUGUGAUGGGCUCAUAAAAUUGUCUACUGGCCAGUGUUACGCUCAAACAAAAAACUUCUGAAUUUUGUUUUUGAGGCCCUUAGAAGAGAACAAAAUCUCAGACUUAGCUGGGGUGGAUGUCCAUGAGAAGAAGGGACUGUGUGUGAGAAAAAUUAUAGGGGCAAAAGUGAAGGAAGGCAGACCAACAAGGAGGCUGCAGGAUUCCAAGUGAGAGGGAGGUGGCUUGGGUUGAGAGAUCUUGGAUGGAUUUGGAGUUGAAGUCCCAGAACUCACUGUGGAAUGGAUAUGUGGAGAAGGAGAAAGGAUGACUAGUAGUGAUAAGCCUGAGCUGCUGAGGAACUAGAGGUGCUGGCCACUUUUCCUUCCCCAAGGUACUAAAAGACACCAAGGUAUCAGGAAGGUAGCUGGAUUGAGGGAGCUUGAGCCAUAACAUUGAGAGACAUCAUAAUCUAGUUGGGGUCCAAGGUCACAAGACCAGGCAAGACAGGAAAGAAUGGGAAGUGAGAUGAAAAGGAGUCUCAGUCCUGGGGCAGAGGUUAGGGAGAUAUGAAGAUAUCAGAAGAGUAGAAUGAGCGGGGCACCCAGGCAGGAAGAAAGCUAAGUGUAUGGUCCUGCUUCAAUAUGCAUAGCGGAUUGAUUCCAGGACAUCCUGUGGAUGCCAAAACCUGUGGAUGCUCCAGUCUCUUACAUAAUAUGGUACAGUAUUUGCAUAUAACCUGUGCAAUUCUCCUGUGUACUUUAAAUCAUCUCUAGAUCACUUAUAAUGCCUAAUACAAUGUAACCACCGUGCUAGUAGUUAUUAUGCUGUAUUUUUUAGUGGAUGAUGACAAGAAAAGUUUUUCUGUGUUCAGCCUAGACACAAUCUUUAAAAAUAUUUUCAAUCCACAAGAAUUUGUUGAAUCCACUGAUCUGGAAACCACAGAUAUGGACAGCUGACUCUAUAGUUUAUUAUAAGCUUGUAAAAGCAAGUGUGCCAAGAAAGAAAUGGUCACUGUGUUGGAUACUGCUGAGUAGGAAAAGUAGGACAAGGACAGAGAAACAAUCAUCAGAUUUGCCAUCACAGACAUCCUUGAUAGCAUUAAUGUGGGAUUUCCAUGGAGCAAUAGGGAUGAAAGUCCAAAUGGGCAAAAUAGGAGCUGCCAGUGUGAAGGUAGAGGCAAGGAGUACAGUGCAGGGGGAUGACUGCCUUUUUCCAACCAUUGUGUGAGAGGCACUGAGGGGCUCUAGGCUUUGCCGAGUGACCACAGCCCUCAGUCAUCACAAAGAGAAAAAGGCCUUGUGUCUUGGAAGUCAAGGCUUGGGCUUGCCAGGGUAGAUUAGUAGAUGAGUGGGGCUGGGGAGGAUGAGGUAGAUAUAGGAACCCAUGCCUAAUGCUGUCUUUUCUCUGUAUAAUGACAGCCUGGCUUUGAGAUAUCAUCUCUGCUCAUUGCCAGGAGGGUAGAAAGGUGGGCUUCAGUGCUGUCCAUCUCUGUGCUCUGCCUGUGUGUGUUAUGCUUCUGAGGAAGCUGCACUGUUUUAUACAACUACAUUCCAGAAAGAAAGACAGAGGCACUUCUUAGUAUAUAUUCCUCUGAUUUGUAUCUACAUGUGUUUAUUCUUGCAUAAUCACACAUUGUGAGCAGUUUCAGGCCUAUUAUUUUUCCACUGAAUGUUACAUAAAUAUAUAUUCUCUAUGUUGGUAUAUGGCUUUCAUGGAUAUUAUUGAUUACAUAAAAUUCACAUAAUACGCCCCAUGUUCAAUCAAUUCAUCCUCUACUGGUAUUCAUUUGAGUUAUUUUCAAUAUUUAUAGACAGCAUUGCAUUGAAUAUCUAUGUAAAUGGAACUUACUCUGAUAUAUUCUCAUAGAACUAAUAGAUUUAGGAUUCUUGAUAUCUACUUGCUAUUUGUUGGUGGGAGGACUGACUGGACCCACUCACUUAGAGUAGAUCCCUUACUCUCAUACACUUGUCUGGACACUAUCAUUUAUUUUUAUUGUUUUACUUUGAUGGGUGAAAGAGGGGUCUCAUUGUAGCUUCAAUCUGUCUUUCUUUGGUGGUUAAAUAAGAUGCUGAUUUUUCUCAACUGUUCAUUUACUGAUUCUACUUCUCCUCACUGGAAAAAAUAGUUCCCAUCAAGUGAUCCACAUUUGCACCUUUCCCAGUAAGCUUUCUGAAUGGUUAACCAGGCUGUCCUCAGCUGGUGGAAUGGUUCAAGAUCAAAUAUUUGUGUCCUCCUGCAUGUUUCCGCACCUCUAGCCAGUCUUCAACAGUCAUAUUCUUCCACUUGAAGGCCUCACAGUGGCCUCAUAUAGACUGUCUUGUAACCCUUCAUUGACUGCCUGUAGUCACUUCCCCUGGACUUAGAAGAGCCUUUGGGAAUAUAUCUUGACCAACUGAUUAGUCAACACUGACUGCUCACAAUUCUCCACAGUCUGCCUCUAUCCACUUGCCACCUCUCCCAAGGCAAUCUUGGGCUCUGGUUACCUUGUCAUUGCUUCCUAUUUAGGUAUGUUUCUCCCUCUCUCUUGUGCCUUGGUUUAUGAGACCUCCUCCAAGAAUGCUUCUGUUUACUCUUGGGCCAUAUCCAACUAAACUAAACUCAUCCUCUGAGACCUUGCCUCCUUGGCUAAGCCUUCCUGGAUAUUUUAAAGCCACUCAGCCUCCUGUGCCUCUGAACAUCUGAAGGAUUUAUAGUCUAUAGGGGCUCUUUGAAAGGGCUCCCAAUACUCCAACAAAUAGUUCCUUUUCCCUACUCAACUUCUGAACAAAUUGAGAAAGAAAAACUGAGAUGAAAGCCAAAUUGUCAUCUUCUUUAGUGAUGGAGGCUUAGUGAAAGAGGCAGUUUAGAGUGAGGUCAACUGGAUAUGCAAACUGAUGUGAGAAUUACCCCUUUUCCACUUCACUCUAGUCUCACAUGAUCUGGGUGAGAGAGGCCCCACAUGUCACAGUCAGUGGAGACCCACACAUGGAAGGGAACAUGAGGAGUAAGAAAUCUGACAGAGCUCCUCACAGACCAUACCCCAGGGGAAAAUGUUAAAUCCUGUCUUGAAUUAUAAUUUAGUCUAUCUAUGGGUUUUGUCACUCUGGCUACCUUUGAGUUCCUUGAGGCCCAAGGAAGGUACAACUUCUUAUUGUCAUAGUGCCUUCCAGUAGGUAAAGAAGACUCGCCGUUAGCAAACUCCUUCUUCCCAUGUCUACCCACUCCAACUAGAUCUGAGAUUCUGUUCUGUUUUGAAGACCUCAUUUCUCUACUGAGGCAUGCCUGAGUGUGCAGGCAGAACCUAUAGGAAGAAACAGGGAUGUAACCACUAUCAUUGACUCAGGUCUCAGUCAGGAUGGUGAUAGGCCCUUUUCUGAGAGCAAGCUUCAUGAAGGUACAAGGACUGAGGGGACUAUUAUCCUUGGUGUCCUUACACUAGGAUAGAGGAGACAGCCAAACAAGAGAUUGAGAUAGCACAGGCAUGCUUUGCUCAACUCAUAAGAGUUGUGCUAAGAGUCUCUUUAGGGCUUCUAGUAGACUGAUUAAUGAAUUAUUUCUCAUCCAAGGCAGAGAGGAUUAAAUAUUGUGGGCUGGAUGUAGAAGCCCAUGGCCAGAGCUAGGUUACAAACUUCACUGCUCUGCUGGCUGCUGCUUUCUAGAGGCAUUUUGAAGCCCACCUGGUAAUGCCUGGAUUCCAGAGCUGUGGGUGCACACACAUCAUUGUACCACAUAGAGUUAGAAAAAGAUCUCUCUAAAAAUAACCACCGAGGAAUAUUUAAUUUGAUAGCAAGACUGUGACUAAUCCAUGAAACAAAGAGUCUGUGUGACAAGAUGCAGUACAAUAAUGGGGAGAAAUUCAUGUUUGACCUUUAAGCAAGUGCAAAAUGAAACAGAUCUAUACCUCAGCAGCUGAGGAUCCUGUGGGUCAAGGGAGAGUGGCUAUGAAGAGGGGAUUUGGGGGCUGGGGAUUUAGCUCAGUGCUUCCGGUGCCUGUUUCGCAAGCGCAAGGUCCCGAGUUCGAUCACCGGUACCAAAAAAAAAAAAAAAAGAGGGGAUUUGGGCUGGGGAUUUAGCUCAGUGUUUCCACCACCUGCCUCCAAAGCACAAGGACCCAAGUUUGAUCCCCAGUACAAAAAAAAGAAAAAGAAAAAGAAAAAAAAAGAGGGGAUGAGAACUGAUGGAAUAAAUAGUUCUUGAGGGUACUGCAUAAUGGAAAUAGCUUAGGAAAAUCAAUACCUUUUGGUGUUAAAUAGAGAGAAGAGGCUAGCACUGAGCUAAAUGCUGGCUGAGAAGAGGUGGAUGCUGCUAGCCCAGCUGGGCAAAAGUGAGCAAACUGGCUCUUUUAGGCUGGCUUGAAGGAGAAGCAGUUCCCACAAAUACAAUGAGAACCAGAAUUUUUGGCAACCAAUCUGAGCUGGUAGAGAGGGGAGCAAGGUUCCAAAUAUUUAAUGAACAUUUACCCUGUGCUAGGCUCUGUGUUGAGAGUUUUGCAGGUAUUAUCCUCAUACAUAUUCUUUCUAGAGAAGCUAUUAUUUUUACUUGACAGAGGAGAAAACUGGGUUUAGAAGUUUAAACCACUUGCCUGGAGUCAUCCAGCUUGGAAGUAUCUAGAGCUGGAUGUGAGUCUACUCCUGACUCCAGAACCCUCAAGCUCGAUUUCUCACUGAUAGUUCACUCUGAACUUGAAAAUCUCCAAGACUGUACAUCAACAAUGAACCCACUAAGAAAGGAAUUAGGAAAACAAUCCCAUUCAUGGUAGCUUCAAAAAAUUUAAAUACUGGGGCCAGGGAUUUUUCUCAGUGGUUCCGCUGCCUGCCUCAAAAGCGCAAGGUCCUGAGUUCCAUCCCGGGUACCAAAAAAAAAAAAAAAAAAAAAAAAAAAAAAAAAAUUAAA